AUGGUCGAGAGCUUCCUGACACCGCAGACGAACAGGAUCAUCAAACAUAUCGUCGAACCACAAUAUGAUGGCUCGAUUGGCCGUGCGGCCGCGUGGGCAGACGAGUGUGGGCGCACAGAUGAGGGGAAGGAUUCGCCCACAUGGCACUAUAUCAAUCCGGCGGAUAACGCCGGGACGAAGAAUGGGAGGGUGUUGAACGGGCUUCCUGUUGUGAAUGGCUGUGCAGAGGGGAGCGUGGCUGAUGUUGAGGAUGAGGGUGCUGGUGAUAGCAGUAGUGACCGUCGUGAGAAGGGGAGAAGUGGGUAA